AUGGAUUUUCUGGAUUAUUGCAAUAGCCAUAGGAUUCUAGUUGCUGUAUAUCCUCCUCAUUCGACCCAUAGGCUUCAGCCUCUUGACGUUGGGAUGUUUGGGCCUCUAGCGUCAGCCUACUCAAAGGAGUUGUCAAACUUCCUCUAUUGGAGCCAUGGAAUCCUUCCUCUAGCAAAAGGAGACUUCUUUAAGCUCUUUUGGAGGGCUUGGGGUACAGCUUUUAGAAAGAAGACUAUUAUAAGCUCCUUUAAGGCAACUAGCAUUAACCCACUAAAUGCUGAGGUUAUUCUCCAAAAGUUCCAACAAGAGGCCUCUAGUUCAGAUGAAAGCUCUUCUUCUGUCCUUAGUGGAGAUAAUUGGCUCAAAAUUGAGUCUAUUAUACGCCGGGAGGUGAAGGAUUUCAAUAAUAAGGAGGUAAAAAAGCUUCGCCGAAGCCUCCAUCACCUCUCAGCUCAAAAUAGUAUACUCAAAGGAGAAAACCAGGGCUUAAGGGAGGCUCUAAAGGUCAAAAAGAGACACCAAAAGAAGAGCUACACGCUUCAACUCAAUAGGCCUGAGGAGUACCAUGGAGGAGCUGUCUUUUGGUCUCCUAAGAAGGUUCGCCAAGCCAAGGAGGAUGAGAUGGAACGACAACAAGAACAACAGCAAUUACAACUCCAGAAAGCUGAGAGAUCUGAGUUAAGGAGACAAGCUCAAUUGUACAAG